UACUCUUACUUUAAUUUGGUUUACUGAAAUGUUGAAUAAAUGGAUCGGGCUUACUUAUGCCUUCCUUUCAGUUGGUAAUAGCAAUGCAAGUAAGUUUCUGCUGGGUGAAGCCAUGAAUACCUCUGAUAUAUGGAUGGGUCCAGUCGGAUGGGAGUGGAUGUGGCUAGCAGUUGCUGCAGUGAUUGGAAUAUUUAUCUUUCUUGGACACAGAAAGAAGGUUCAAGGGUUACAUGUAAAAGGCAAAGAUGAUCAGACUAUAUCCAUAUCAGCAUCAAAUGAGAUAUCUUCACUGUGUAUAUCAAACGUAAAGAUAUUCUAUGGCACUCAGACUGGUACAGCAAAGGACCUUGCAACUCAACUAGCAAAAGAUAUCCCUAGCCCAGUGAAGAAAGAUGUGAUUGAUCUGAAGGAGUUUGACCCAGAGAAACAUGUUUUAUUAGAUCAAGAUGAUGAAACAUUAUGUGUGUACAUCCUAUCUACCUAUACGGAUGGUGAGCCUCCUGAGGGUGGGGCAUGGUUCUAUCGAUGGCUCCAUGAAUCCGUCAAUGAUUUUAGAGUGCCUAGAACUUUACUCAAAGGACAUAGAUUCGCUGUCUUUGGACUUGGGAAUUCACUUUAUCAGGAUCAUUAUAACACAGUCAGUAAAAAUGUACAACAAUGGCUGACAGACUUGAGUGCCAGGCCAUUCCUCCCAAGAGGAGAAGGGGAUGGCAAUGUUGCAGCAAGCAAGCAUGGUGGUACUGAGGCGGAUUUUGCUGCGUGGAAAUCUGAUUUUCUUCAGGCUGUAGUAAAGGGCAAUGGAACUGGUGAUAAUGCAUGCAGUUGUAAUCAAAAUGGAACAUGCCAGUCGAUAAGCAAAGGUCAAAUGUCAUUGAAGCAGAACACUGUGGAUCAAGGUCUUGUUAAUGCCGAUGAGGAGAAGGUGGAUGAUGGUUUGGACAGUGACCAAGAAGAUCCUGAUGAAAUGGAUGUCAUCGAUGUCGAAGACCUGGGAUCAGUCAUGAACAAGAUGAAGAAUGCCAAGGCCAUGAAUGGAGUGAAACAAAGUACUGAACCAAAGGAAAUGGUCACGCCAACCAUCAGGAAAAAUCUUACAAAGCAAGGUUAUCGAAUCAUUGGUUCUCAUUCAGGAGUGAAGUUAUGUAGAUGGACAAAGAGCAUGCUUCGUGGUAGAGGUGGAUGUUACAAGCAUACAUUCUAUGGUAUUGAGAGUCAUCGAUGCAUGGAGUCCACACCCAGUCUAGCAUGUGCCAAUAAAUGUGUCUUCUGUUGGAGACACCAUACAAAUCCAGUUGGUACGGAGUGGAAAUGGCAAAUGGAUGAUGCUGAAACCAUUGUAGAGGGAGCCCUAAAGAACCACUAUAACUUAAUUAAACAAUUCAAAGGAGUACCAGGGGUAAAGCAAGAAAGAAUGAUUGAAGCUAUGAGGGUGCAACAUUGCGCCCUAUCACUGGUAGGAGAACCCAUCAUGUACCCUAAGAUCAACCGUCUUGUAGAACUACUCCAUAAGGAAAAGAUCUCCACCUUCUUGGUCACGAAUGCUCAGUUUCCUGAUGCAAUCAAGAAUCUGCUACCAGUUACUCAGCUGUAUGUGAGUGUUGAUGCUAGUACAAAGGAAAGCUUGAAGAAAGUAGAUCGCCCUCUAUUUAGAGACUUCUGGCCCAGGUUUCUUGAUAGCUUGAAAGCCCUAUCUGAUAAGGGCCAGAGGACAGUAUAUCGUCUUACUCUAGUCAAGGCAUGGAACGAUGAGGAGAUACAGUCCUAUGCAAACCUUGUACAACUCGGCAAACCAGAUUUCAUUGAGGUCAAGGGUGUAACCUACUGUGGUGAGUCGAAAGCCAGCACACUGACCAUGCAGAACAUCCCUUGGCAUGAGGAAGUUGUUCACUUUGUACAGAAACUCAUGGACCUUCUACCAGAGUAUGAGAUAGCUAGCGAACAUGAACAUUCAAACUGUGUUCUGGCAGCUAAUACAAAGUUCAAGAAGGAUGGUGAAUGGUGGACUUGGAUCGAUUACCCACAAUUCCAUGCGCUGAUGGCUGAAUAUGAUGCGAGCGAGGGAAAGAAAAUAUUCACGGCAGAGGACUACAUGGCAAAGACCCCUUCAUGGGCUGUGUACGGGUGCAAAGAGCAAGGUUUUGAUCCACAGGAGACUCGAUUUUACAGGAAGGGAAAGAAGAAGGAUAUGGGUGGAUGCUGAGCUGUCAGUCUUGUAGGUAAAGAUUCAAUGCUGAAGUUUGGAAGCAGAAAGAUAAAAUCCCAUAGGAAAGGAACUACCAGAGGCAUUGACUAGGAGUAUUACAGUGAAACAGAUCAUACCUUGUCAAAGUAUGAAACAAAAUAUGGUAUGUCAUUUCAAGAUCAGAUUUAACUGAGUUGGGCAAACACUGCUUGUUUUCUGUGGAAUACUUGCCAAGGACAAAAACUAGUGUUUUGUUCAGAGGAGACCUGAUUAUUCAGGAAAAGAAUUUAGUGGAUGAUGAAUUUGGAAGUCAUAAGCAAUUUCCUGCUAGGAAAUAAAAUUGGACUUUCCAUUGAUGAUGGAAUAAUAAGGAUUGGUUGGGACUACAUGUAUGGUAUAUGAGAUGCUACCGUAGAGUGGUGGUCUUUAAAGGGAGAAGGCCUAUCUGUUGAAAACUGUUAAUAUCAUCUUGGCAUUAGUCCUCAGUUUUAAACACAUGUGCAGAGUAUUAGUCACCUAAUUUAGAUACAAACAUUUUAAGCAAUAACAUUUUACUGCAUGAGGAUAGAUAAAGGUAUAAAAUUAGGGCUGAAUUAUGCCGGAAAUUUUUCUUUCUGCAUUUCCAUUCUGUCUUAAGUUGAAAUCCAGUGUUCCUUGGGAUGGGUGUCUGGAACUUUGACGCUUUGAAAAGUACAUUCAAUGCUAUGUAUUUGGAUUUUUCCAACAACUAAAAUGCUGUCUCUGUGUUAUAGAUAUUGUACAACAUUGAUUUCUGAAUUUCAAUCAAUAGAAUCAAAAGGCAGAAGAGCUUGUAUUUUCUCCAUUUUCCUGUCUGACGCCGCUAAUAUUUAUCAUGUCUCUAGUAAACAAGAGACUGCCAUAAUAUACUCUAUUUGUUACCACAGACGGAGCUCUAAUGCUCAAGAUUGCUUGGGCCUGCUACAGCCAAAUACUGUUGGAUACAUUGGAAACAGUGGUGAAUUUGGGCAAUGAAACAAAGUUUUACAGCAUGCUUGUCUUACUUCUGUUGGUUGUUUUUAUUCAUAUAAAAUAUUUUAAUUGAGCAGAGUAUGAUCUUGAUUGGCAAACUCAGGUCUAACUGGUUCAAUGGGAUAACUUGAUUCUUCUUACUGGAGGUCCUGUAUUGGAACUAAUUCAUGAUAUUUGAUGGUCAAGAAUAUUGAUCCAACAGUACUAGUACCCUGAUUCAUUACUAGCAUCAAUAUUGUUUUCUAGUAGUUGGUUAAAACACUCCUAAUUUAUAUGCUUAACCAAUACUCAUAUGACCUCACAAAUUUGUCAAAAACCUUCAUCAUCAUUAUAUCAUAUCUCUCACCUUCUUGAUUUAUAAAUUCAUUUUGAAUGAAGGGCAAAGGAAGAAUAUGAAGAAGUGGCUUGCAGAUUGAUUUUGCCAGGUUUUAUAUAGCUUGUUGGAAUCAAGGUCAUACUUAAGAAAAUUGUUUUGUGAAGAUUAUGGCAGUUUUUUUGUGUGUGUGCAAAAUCAUAUAUUUUUAAUCAAUUUUAGAUAUUGAACUAUCACUUGAAAAUAUGGCUGAAUAAAAACAUGUAAAUGCCGUUCAAGUGACUGUUACAUGCAUAAAUGUAUUCCUAUUUUGACAGCCAUUGACCCUAUAGAGAAAAUAGUUGUCCCCAGAAGUUGCCAAAAUAACAAAUUUCACAUCUUUACAUCCAUGAAAAUGAAAUAGUCAUCUAUUUUCAAUAUUCCUUGAAAUUAUUUUGAUUAAGUUGCAAAAUAUCAAGAAAAUGAAGAACACCUUCUUCUACCUUGACUCUGAAAGAUCGUUUUUAGUUGAUAUCACACGAUAUCUUACUAUAAUGCAUGUCUACAUAUGGGAAUAGAAUGCCAAAUUCUGGCCAAUAUCAUACCAAUGUAUGAGCCAUGAAUAAGUUAUUGGAUCAUUGAUAUUGAACUUUGUGCCUUUGGUGUCCUUUUCUCAACUUGAAAAAGAAAAAUCAAGAUAGAGUCAUAAGGCAGGUCAAUCAAUGAAAUUUUGCUCUACCCAUGAUGCAACACAAAUCUUGAAGGUGAUACAAUCUUUAUCUGUACCACGGCCUGCUAGUCAAAGAGAAAUGACAGUAAUUGCAGUAAACACUGCUUUCAUGAUAAAGUCGGUAAAAUAAGGCUUAAUUGUCAGUAUAUCAUUGAGGAUCUAGAUCUGGUACAGUUACAUAAACUGAACUUUGUGAAAUCUUGAAAUCUACGCUGAAAAAUGUUCACACUGAAGAUCACCAACACAGAAAAGCGCACGUGGGACAGUGUAUAAUUACUGCAUUGAAUGUCAGGCCCAACGCUUGACCCGAAUCGUGUGCUUAUUUGCUGAUUUCUCAGCAAUUACACAAUUUCUUCUAGAAUCCUUUGGCACAUAUGUUUUAUCUAUACAAACAGACACUUUCGUGGUCAUUUCAUUAGAUUCUGUACGAACUCAUUUUGAUAUCGUUACCAUAACUGGCAUUUACCUUUAACCCUUACCUCCCAUUUAUUAAUAACCUUUUUCAAAAUAAAUGUAAUGACUUGGGCCUACUUGAAAGGAAAGCAUUUUGUUGAAGUCUGUUUUGCAUUUCAUUUUGAUAAUUUUCAUAUCAUUGUGCAUAUGUUUGUAAUGCUAAAAAUGAUAAUCAUUAUAAUAAUCUAUUAAAAAAAAGGACACUCUUCUUUCUGUGCCUUGAUAUGAAUUAGUGUUUAAAGCAAUGAUAAAUUGAUUGUGUAAAAUUAUUGUAUGAAAUGUGAAAUAUUUUUAUUUUCUUGUCAUUACAACGUGAAUCAAAGUUGGAUUUCUUCCUAAACAUGUGUAAUUUUUAUCAUUGUGACCUAUUGUUAUUCAGUAAACAGUUUCCUUGCUAUCAACUCCGCAAGAAUUAAGAUAAAAUUCAUGCAAUAAAUGAAAAAAGAAAUAGUAAGUGAAUGUCACUAUCUCAUUUUCAUAUCAAUGUGUUGUGCAUAAUAUUGUUUUUUGAAACAUAAACAAAACAAUUAAGAAUUCAUAACUUUCUAAUUUACAUCUGACUUUGAUUAAAUUUUCAUUUUAAAGCUUGUUUGAUUUCUCUUCUUUUUUUUAUUCAAAUCAAUGUUUUGUUGGAUUGGACUUCCACUUUAAAGAAAUUGAAACAUCGGGGAAAUGUUUUUUAUACAGAGGGAAAAAGGCUAUUUAUGAAACAAUAUUUUGAAAGUUUGAAAAUUCUUUUAUACUUUUAUGAUCUUAAAAUAAGCAACUUUGCUUCAUAUUUUACAGUUUUUAGAGACAUCUUAUGUAUCCUGGAGGAGUCUUCUCUAUUAUUCUUGUCUCUUGAAACAAUUAUUUCUAGAAAGUGCCACAAGAACAUGUGCCUCUAACAUUCUCUUUAUAUGCAUUUGCUGUCAUGUUUCUUGUGUGUAAUGAGGUAUAAAGCCAACUUAUUUCCAUCAUUCAGGUGACUCUGCCUUAGUCAAAUAUCUAUGGACCCUAGAAUUUUUUUUGACUGAGGAGAAAUUUGACUUAAAAGAUGUUAUAAACACUUUUCGCAUAUUCUGGUCCGACAAUGAAUUGCAAGCAAUUUAUGGUCAUUAUUUGGGAAUGCCCAUUACAAGAAAGCAACAUGUAAAAUCCCUGAUCAUCAUGAGCACCGUGAAUAAAAAGCUGUGCACACAAUUUUAAUGGCCCAGCACAAAGACUUAGAAUGAAUUAUUUAUUUUUAGAUGCUGUAAAUUGUUACACCCUCAAGGUAAAUAUGUGAUGGAAAUUAACAGAAUGUUGUUUCAUCGAAGUAGGCCCCUGUUUAAUAAAACUUGUUACCAAUGACAAGUCUAAAGCUAAUGUUAAAAGCUACUGAAAUGGUGCCAUAUGAUUGAUUGACAGCAAGCUCACUUUACCAUUUUUCAAUUUGUAACCAAUUAGUUUUAUGAAACAGAAUUGCAAUAAUGAAAUAGUAAAUAAAUUUUUUUAAAUAUGUGGUAUGCGGUGGUUUUUAUUUCUUUACAUUAUGUAUUAAUUCAGAUGAAAAUGCAGGGAUCAGUGGAAAAUUCCAAUGAUGAAAAAAUGAAGUUACAUGAUGGGAAAAAGAACUGGUUGGUCAGUGAAAGAGAGGAACUCCAGUAAUAGCCUUCAACUUGUGCAAAGUUGAAUGAUUAUGCUAUCUAAGAGUUGAUUUUUACAAAGUUGGUAUAUUUCAUUUUUGAGGAUUAUUGAUUGAUAAUGUUUAUUCAUGUUUAAAAAUGUACAAUUUUGUUUUAAAAGAAUAAUAUUUCAUUGUGUAUCAUUAUAACAGGGUAUGUAUUCUUACUUGUAUGUGAGCAGAUUCACAACCGCUCAGGUAUAGUCAAAUGGUAACAUUACAGAAGAAGUUAUUCAAGCAUGUACCAAGCAGAAAAUUAAGCUGAAUGAUAAUGUGACAUUAAAAGUUCAAUUAAUGUAUAUGGUUCAUAAUACAUCACCUCUCGUGAUUCUGGCUCUGAUAUUGUAAAUGGAAUAGGGGCCUGGUUUGUUUCAGACAAUGAAAUUGCUUGAAGUUUAUAAAUAGAUGCAAUAGAACCCAACAAGCGAACAGGUUUUAAGGGUGUCAACUCUUACCCCACCCUUAUCCAAUGCACCUCUAUUUGCUGGCCUGCUCUUAAGUAAAAUUAAGACUAGUAAUUGUGAAACCUCGCAAGUUAUGGGUAAGUUAUAUUGCUUAUGCUAUGGUCACAAAUAACUUCAUGAACACCAUACGAACAGUUUUAUACCAUGUUUUGCUAUGUAUGAAAAUCGUUUGUAAAGGUAUUUGCAACCAUAGCAUUAAUCAUGAUUGAAAGUUAAUGAAACUAUAAUACCCUAAUAUAUGAUAUCAUGCUUCCUAUCACAAACAAUUUGUUUUAUUAUUCUUUGUUUUUGUAAAACUAUAUCCAUUUAUGGAUUCAUAAGUAAAUUGAUAAUUUAAGUGUGUACAUUUAUUCACUGACAUAUUUUCCAUGAAUAAAUUAUGGAGACAAGU